UGCACAUUUUUGAUGGCUUACCGUUAUAGUAGACAAUCUACACCUCGAAAUUAGAACCAAUCUAUACAUACUGAUCCACAAGUCCACAUGAGUACUCCACUACUCCAGCAGUAAAAGCAUUCCCUAUUUUCUCCAUUUUCCUCAACAUUAUAUCUUCUCUCAUCACUGCCUAUCAUUUGCUUCAACAUUAUAUCCUAAAAGUCAGCAACUGUGCAAAAAUGGCAGAUUAGAAUUCAACCCAGAAAUUAAAAGAGGUAUCUUUAGCCAAUUUGUCUUCCAGAGCUUGCUAGCAGUGCUAACUUUUUGUCUGCCAAAAUGACCGUGAACAAUCUAAAACUGGGAGUACAUGUGGUUGGUGCACAUGAUCUUAUGCCAAAAGAUGGGCUAGGAUCAUCCAGUGCAUUUGUGGAGCUACAUUUUGAUGGACAAAAAUUCCGAACCACUAUUAAGGAGAAGGAUCUCAAUCCAGUCUGGGAUGAGAGCUUUUAUUUCAAUAUAUCUGAUCCAUCACUUCUCCCCCAUCUUGUUCUUGACGUCUAUGUUCACAAUCACAACAGAGCCACAAAUUCUAAGUCAUUUCUUGGAAAGGUCUCCCUGAAUGGGACUUCAUUUGUUCCACAUUGUGAUGCGGUUGUCUUGCAUUUCCCCCUGGAAAAGCGUGGUAUAUUCUCUCGCAUUAGAGGAGAGCUUGGUCUCAAAGUCUACAUCACCGAUGAUCCUACCAUUAAGUCGUCCAGCCCAAUUUCUGCUGCUGAAAAUAAUGUAAGUGUAAAUCAUGCGCAGGCUCCAAAAUCCGAAGUGAGACAUACCUUCCGUCAUCUACCCAACACCAAUCAUUCACAUUCGCAUUCCCAAUCUCAUAACCAUUCUCAUCAUGAUCAUCAUCAUGGUUCUUCUGCAGAAGUUACUCAUGAGGCAACUUAUCAACAAGUUGAAGAGAUGAAAAUGAAAGCUGAAGCACCGCCGCACAAGAUUGUCAGGAUGCACUCUGCUUCUGCUGCACAACCAGUCGAUUUUGCUCUUAAAGAGACCAGUCCAUACCUCGGAGGGGGACGAGUUGUUGGGGGACGCAUUGUUCAUGCAGACAAAACUGCAAGCACAUAUGAUCUUGUUGAACGGAUGCAGUUCCUUUAUGUCAGAGUUGUGAAAGCCCGUGAUCUUCCUAAUAUGGAUCUUACUGGUAGUCUUGACCCUUUUGUGGAGGUGAGAGUUGGAAAUUAUAAAGGGGUGACCAAGCAUCUCGACAAAAAUGAUCAUCCAGAAUGGAAUGUGGUGUUUGCCUUUUCAAAGGAUCGACUGCAGACCUCGGUUCUUGAAGUUAAAGUCAAGGACAAGGAUUUAAUUAAAGAUGAUUUUGUUGGCAUUGUAAGGUUUGAUUUGCAUGAGGUUCCAACCAGGGUUCCCCCAGAUAGCCCGUUGGCCCCUCAAUGGUACCGUCUUGAGGAUAAGAAGAGUGAAAAGGUAAAAGGCGAGUUGAUGUUGGCAGUUUGGCUCGGCACUCAAGCCGAUGAAGCAUAUUCAGAAGCAUGGCAUUCUGAUACAGCUGGUAUUGAUAUUCAAUCCUCUACUGCUUCUGCACUUUUGCGCUCAAAGGUCUAUCACGCCCCAAGGCUAUGGUAUGUUCGUGUAAACGUUAUUGAGGCACAGGAUUUGAUACCUACUGAAAAGAACAGAUUUCCAGAAGUUUUUUGCAAGGCAAACAUAGGUCAUCAGAUCAUGAAGACUAAAUCUGUUCAAGCUCGUACGAUGAACUCCUUUUGGAACGAGGAUCUAGUAUUCGUCGCUGCAGAGCCGUUUGAUGACCAUCUGGUUAUCACUGUUGAGGAUCGUGUGGCUCCUGGGAAAGACGAGAUCAUUGGGAGAGUCAUCAUUCCCUUGACUCAAAUUGAUAGGCGAGCAGAUGACCGACUCAUUCCUUCCCGCUGGUUUCACCUUGAGAAGCCGGUUGCUGUGGAUAUUGACCAGCUGAAGAAAGAGAAAUUUGCUAGUCGGCUUCAUAUUCGAGUGUGUCUUGAUGGAGGUUACCAUGUUCUUGACGAGUCCACUCAUUACAGCAGUGAUCUACGCCCCACAGCGAAACAGCUCUGGAAGCCCACAAUAGGUGUCUUAGAACUGGGUAUCUUAAACGCUGAAGGACUCCAUCCAAUGAAAACAAGAGAUGGGAGAGGUACAUCAGAUACAUAUUGUGUUGCAAAGUACGGUCAUAAGUGGGUUCGGACAAGAACUCUCGUUGACAGCCUCUCUCCAAAAUACAAUGAGCAAUACACAUGGGAAGUUUUCGACCCAGCAACAGUUCUAACAGUGGGUGUAUUUGACAAUUGUCAAAUUGGAGGGAAGGAAUCAAAUGGAGGAAACAAGGAUGUAAAGAUAGGGAAGGUGCGGUUACGUAUUUCUACCCUUGAAACAGGUCGUAUUUAUACACAUUCUUAUCCCUUGCUCGUUCUUCAACCAAAUGGGGUCAAGAAAAUGGGGGAGUUGCAUUUAGCUAUAAGGUUUUCCUGCACUUCAUUUGCUAACAUGAUGUAUCAAUAUUCCCGACCCCUUCUACCAAAAAUGCACUAUGUUAGACCCUUCCCAGUAAUGCAGCAGGACAUGCUGCGUUUCCAGGCCAUGAAUAUAGUUGCUAUGAGGCUUGGCCGAGCUGAACCUCCCCUUCGGAAGGAGGUGGUUGAAUACAUGUCUGAUGUGGACGCCCAUCUCUGGAGUAUGCGGAGAAGCAAGGCAAAUUUCUUCCGUCUCAUGUCAGUUUUCUCGGGAUUGUUUGCUGUGGGGAAAUGGUCUGGUGAUAUAUGCAUGUGGAGGAACCCAAUUACCACGGUCCUUGUCCACAUUCUCUUUCUUAUGCUUGUUUGUUUUCCUGAGCUGAUCUUGCCAACUGUCUUCCUCUAUAUGUUUUUGAUCGGGGUUUGGAACUAUAGGUACCGUCCUAGGUACCCUCCACAUAUGAACAUUAAGAUCUCACAAGCCGAUACUUCCCUUCCUGAUGAGUUAGACGAGGAGUUUGACACAUUUCCCACAAGCAAGAGCCCGGAGCUUGUGAGAAUGAGAUAUGACAGGUUGAGAAGUGUAGCUGGAAGGAUGCAAACCGUGGUGGGUGACAUUGCAACACAAGGUGAACGGUUCCAGGCUCUCUUGAGCUGGCGAGAUCCACGUGCUACUGCCAUCUUUGUGACAUUUUGCCUUGUAGCUGCUAUUGUGUUGUAUGUUACGCCGUUUCAAGUGAUUGCUGCUUUGACUGGGUUCUAUGCCAUGAGGCAUCCUAGGUUUCGUUAUCGCUUGCCUUCCGUGCCUAUAAACUUUUUCCGUCGUCUACCUGCUAGGACAGACAGUAUGUUGUAAAUUUGUGAUCAAAUGUUUUCAGGCCUAUCAUCCUAGAUCUUUAAUUUUUGAACCGUUGGUUGAAGUUAUUAUUGUAGUAUUUUACUUAAAGCAGACAAUCCAGACAUUGUGUUAUAAUACUGUGCUGCUGUCUAUGAGAUAACUAACAAAAGAUCUAAGCAAUAUAAGGAAUUUUUCAAUUUGAUAUGUAGUUGCAAUUUCCUUCAUGUAGAUGUCGUGUACAAUAGAGAAAAUGAUUGGAAAUGGUUCGUGCUGGGCGUUAAAAAUGUUACAUUGACUACCCAUUUUAGGUCAUGUUCUUUUGAACUUAUUUUCAAUUUAGUUAAUUUCAGUAAUGACUUAUCAUCA